UGUAACGGAUACUAAUGGGAAAACUUUCAAUCUUGGUUUUGUAAGACUGAUAUCUGGUAGCUAACACAUUAAAGCAUAGUUGUAGUGUGUCAAGCUAAAACUCGUUAGCAAGAUGGCGGAUGGAAUUAAUACAUGUACUCCGUCGUUUCGUUAUGGAUCUGACAUUGUUAUGGACUAUAGUUGCUAUGUGUGCGAGCAGAACGGACUCCAAAAGGAGGCCGCUCAUUUCUGUGAACAGUGUUCGAAGUUUUAUUGUGACACUUGCCCAAUACUACACGACCAGAUGUUUAAGACGCAUUGCUUGCUUGGUCGGGAAGAGAUUCAGAGAUGGCCCGUUGCCAAAGCAACAGAAGAUGCCCUAACACGAUGUCAGGAGCACAACAACGAAACUUUAACCUUGUUCUGCGAGGAUCACACGGAACUGUUAUGUCUCAAAUGUGUGACAGAAAACCACAGGCAAUGCAGCAGCGUCAAGCUUAUUACCGACGUUGCUGAUGAUUCAGUACCUACUAACUUGUCGGAUAUAACUUAUAGCAUUGUAACUAUGAUUCAACAGAUAAACACACUGCAAAAGGACAGAGUGGCCAAUGUACAAACAUUACAAAGUUCAUAUGAAAACAUACUUGGUGAACUAGUAAGCUUUCGGCAGAAAAUAAAUGAUGUCUUGGACAAGUUGGAAAAGAACACAAUUGCGAAACGUGACCUUUUACAUAAAGGGCUGUAUCAAUCCAUACAAAGUGAUAUAAACAAAUGUAUAAAACAAACUGGUGCUAUUAAAUCUCUGGGUGAUGUUUUGCAGGAAAUUGGACAGAAAGAUGCGAGAUUGUCAUAUAUAGCCAAACAAAAAUGCUCACGCGAAUUAUUUGCGUCAAAUGAACUGGUAAAGGAGUUACGCGAAGUACAUAUUUAUUCAAUGAAAUUAGAUUUUCGUCAAGAUAUCCUUCACUUCUUAUCUUCAUUAUGCAGCCUAGGCGUACUAUCCCAAUACAACCCAAACGAUAUUAUUCACUCAAGUUCGAACGCAACAACCAUCACUACGAAAGUACAGGAAGACGCUAACGAUUGUUCUAUAAGAGGAAUAAGUGUGUGUGCUGAUGAUACCAUAGUGGUUAUUGACCGCGAUAAUAAACGAAUUAAACUGCUGGAUAAGGCAUUUAAUGUUAUAUGUUAUCUAGACAUGCCAAUUUUUGCGUACGACUUAAGCCAGGUUAGUCUCGAUGAAGUUGUAGUUACCAUCGAUAACGAUGAUAUCCAUGGGGUAGAAUUCUAUUUAAUCAAGAACGGAUCUAUCUCCAAAAAGAUGACUUUAUAUUUACCCCACCGUUGCCGUGGCGUAACACACAGCAUGGGCUUCCUGUACAUCACUUCGGGUACCGCUCUGUAUCAAUACUCAAUGACUGGACAACUGCUGAAGAAACUAUAUGAAGACACAUCAGGGGAAUUUACAGUUUACAAGACUGCAGUAUGUGCGGGUAAAAUUUACGUAGCAAAUUUUCCACACCAUAAGCUGAUCACACUUGCUAUGGACGGGACCCUGCUAUCAAUAUUUACAGAUCCAGAUCUAGAGGAGCCCAAGAGCGUACAUGUUACAUUAUCGGGCCAAGUUUUGGUGUGCGGCUCUAUGUCUAACACGAUCUUGCAGAUAGAUGGCGAUGGACAGAGAAAGCAAGCAACCGUGGCAACUAGCGAUAAUGGUGUUAAGCAGCCAUGGUGCCUGUAUUUAAACAGUGCUUCUAAGAAACUUAUGAUUGGCCAGCACAAUAUACUGGCUUUACAUCUUUCGUGAACAAAACUCUGAAUGAUAAACAGGACACGAGAGUGCAUACAUUUGAAACAAAAUAUAACGUAUAAGUACUUGGUAUACCCUUGCAACUAUUGUCAGAAAGGUAUAGAUGCAUCCUUGUUAACUUGAAAUACUGGUUGAUAUGAAGAUAUAGUUAAAAUGUGAAACACAAAAUAACUCAACGAUUACUUUUUAACGGUUGGUAUAUAUUCAAUUCGAUGAAGGUUUUGAAUAACGUGGUGUAAUUCAUUUAUGUGACUAAUGUUAUUUUGUAUAUUCAGGAUGCAGAAUCAACGGGGUUUUCAGGGGUUUACACACGGGCUGGACAGAAUGUAAUCACGCCGUUAAGAACUGUAGUUUUGCAAAUACCUCAAGUUAUUUAAAUACUUCGCAAAAAUCUAUAGUGCAUAAAAGAAAGGUUUUCUUGCAGUUUGUGCCGAUGUCAUAAGUUAUAAGAAUAAAUCCUUGAAUACUUCUGAAAUCGGUUACAAAAUUUCACGUUGCGUGACACAUAUCAUGUACAAUGAAUGCAGGAAAAAUUGAUUCUUUUUUAACAAGAACACAUGCUUAUUAAAUAUAAUAACCGUCGUUUAAAUCCGUAAAAGUUAAAAGAUGGAACCUCAAAAAGUCACUUGAUCUUGCACCCUGACAUUGUCUUCGACUGUUUUUUUCGUUUUUUUUUUCUUUUUUGUUAAACAGUUUAUGUACCGUAUUUCUUAUUUCAAUGUGUCAAAAAUGUAUAAAUAUGUUUAAAUUUAAUUUUGUAAUGUUUUUAUUUAAGAAUUUAAUUGCAUUUUUCUGCAUCUGUAUGAACUGUCUGGGCAAUUUCACCUCAUUUGAAAAACGCCGCUUGAUGUUUUGCACAAUUUUGGCGUAAUUUUCAUGACAUUUCAUGCACCGAUAAAAGGAAAAAAGAAUAUUAAAUUCUUGGUUAUUUCAACAUAAACACGAUACUCGUAUUUACAAUGUGUAAAUUUUACAACCAAAUGUGUUACAUGGGCUACCUGUAGUACAGGCUGUACAUCACUUAUUGUGAGUUCUCUCCCUUUAAUGAUUGGAGAAAAGAUUGUUGUCACUUAAAUGUAUGGGAGUUUGGUGAUUGCCGUCCCUUUAGUUAAGUAGAGAGAAGGAAGUCCUUUCAAUGGAAUGUAUGAUAUUGAAAUGAGUAUUCUCCCUUAUAUGCGUGCCAGCGAGGUUAGUGAACUCUUUUUAAUCUAUAGAAGUGACGUUACGUUUAUUAUUGCGUGACGUUUAACUUGUUCAUCUGAUCAUGAAGUGUUUAUUGUUUGAAAUCUAAGUAAAGGCAAUCUGACGCCGCAAAGUAAAUGCUUCAAACAACAUCUGCAACACUGUUUGGCAAAUUACGAUUAAGCUAGAUAGAAAUGUUCAUUGAAUAAGAUUUAGGAAAAAGAUUUAACGAAUUUCAUUUCAUUUGCAUGAACCAUUGUCUCCUGAUUGAGUGUUCAAACUAUUGCACCCGAGUCAAUGUUGGCCACUCAUAGGAGAUUGUCA